CAUCUUGGAUGACAUGGGGGUGAGUAAAUUAUCAGGGAAUUUUAAUUUGAAAGUGAAAUAAUCCUUUAAGUUUGUUACUAAAUGCUGCCGCUUCAUGCUUCGUUGUUUUGUUGUAUCUGCAGUAUGUUGGCUUGUUUUGUUAAUGCUUAUGAUUACGGAAGUGCCUAGAGCACUGGAUGAAAUCAAUAUAAAAAAGUAAGUAAACACAUUAUUAUUGGUAUUAGUAGUAGUAACCUGGUCAAUUAAGACAAAAUAUGGCGGCGCCCAUGAUGAAGCAGCCCACUAACGUUACAUACUGAAUAAAACAGCUUUUUUCUAGAUGACUAACAUGACUAAAGUAUUUUCAUGUGGGUGUACAUAAUUUUAAUGGUUUUUCCAAGAAGUGCUUUUUAUUUCUUUAUAUGUAAAACGUAGUGCACCUUUAAUUGCUGUUAAGACAGCUUGGCUCAUGUUUUGCACCUUUCUUUGACUGGAAGGUCCCGUUUGCAGAGGGGGGCUAUAAAACAAAGAUUAAAAAUAGUCAAGUGAGUAUAAUCCCAUCAUGCUCACAGUCACAGAGGCACCACGUCUGACAAACCCAGCAUUAAUCUCUUAUUUUCCUAAGAAGGGACGCUGAGUCCUACAAGUCAACGUGCAAAGCAAUAGUGACACCUAGAGGUCAGAUCGAGGACUGCUUUUGAUGGAAGGUGCUCUUUCCCGUUUACCCCUUAUGAAUUAUGCAGCAGACAUACAAUUUAGCUGGACGAGGAGGUCACCCCCAGUCGCAUAGCUACCACAGCUGUACCUUAGAGAUCUGGUGGCAUCUCUUUAGCCAUCAGCACUCUUCUGAUCAGGUCUGGAUUUCUCCAUCUUUGUUCAGAUGACUUGUGCUGAAAGAUACAUAUAAAUGAAGAUACUAUAAAAAUUGAAAUUAGUACUUGAAUAGUAAACUCUAUGCUACUAUAGAUAAAAAAUAACAAAUAGGCCUACAAGUUAUGUGAAAAUCUUAGAAAAAAGGGAUGGAUGCAAAACCAAAGAACCUUAUUCAGAAUUCAGAAUUGAGGAGAUCAGGGUGGGAAAAAUUUAGCACGGGUGUGGAAAGGGUGAGAUGGAGGAGAGAAAAAGAGGAAGAAAAGAUCACAGGUUGAGGAGAAUGCAGGAGAUGGGAUAAAAAUGAAAGGGAUGAUGAAGAGGCCGGGUAGACUGAGAGACAGAGGAAGAAGGAGAGCAAGAAAGAAGGAUGUUACAUAUAUUGGUGGUAUCGAGGAUGGCAGGGUUGCUCCCGACAGAGCAGGGGAAUAGCAGCAUUGCAGUUAAUAGGGUAGAAAAAGCUGGGGGGCUGUUAACUCUGAAAUGUUCAUUUUUAAACUCAAGCUUUUUUUUCUCUCCUUUCACCCCCUCCCCUCCUUUCUCUCUCUCUCUCUCUCUCUGACAAUUGUGCUCCCUCCCCAGGCUGUGUAGUAAUGAUAGCUAUUUGACUGCCAUCAGAGGAGCUGGGUAAUGGUCUCUAAAGAACCAUUUCAGACUCAACCUGGCAGCACUGGCCUCCCAAAAACAUCUGCUUGCCUAUCAAGAGGUACCACCGCACCAGACACACUACACACACGUAAGCACACUCAUGCACACACUCAUGCAUGGACACGCACAAUACGGUGUUGCGUAGUGUCAUGCCCGACUUAGGUAAUGGACCACGGGAAUACUUGUGAGCUGAAUACCAACAAAAAUAAAAGAGGUGGUAAUAGUGUUGUUGUGGUUUGGGUAUAGGGACUAGGGGCUGAAAUAAUACUAAUAUCAGACUUGUAAUUAAAUGUAACAGGGCCCAAACUAUGACUUCAAGGUAGAACUAGACAGCUAAUGUGUAUGUAUAAUUCAUCUUUAAUAUGUUAUUUACUUCCUGUUCAUAUUGUUUAGAUGGUUUUCUAUUGCAGUAUGACUUCCCAAAAUGCAAACUAGUUUGCAUUUUAUGUCCCUGAUUAGGGUUGAUCCUUGAAAGAUUUUAGGCUCCCUCAGGGACCUUGUAGAAAAGAAAACCAGACAUUUCCAUGUUGAUUGGUGUAAAAUGUUUCAGAUUAUUGUACAGAGGUAAACUUUCCCCAUGAUAUUUUGUACCCUCUCUGGUACAUUUCUGCUACUCUGCCUCCCUCUGGUGGCACAUCCCAGUACUUUCUUUUCAUUCAGAAAGUUUCCCUUGGGUAGGUACUGUGGAACAUGUGCUUUCUAUAUUAGCCAUAUUGUUAACCAUUCAUUUUUAUUUUUCUUCCACAGAAAUGACCACGUUCAUAUAUCUGGAGACCUCCUCCUAGCCAUAAUUCAAACAAUAAUACAAGUAUGUGGAGAAAGAUAUGUCGGUGAUGUAAUGGGAGCUUCUGCGCCACUGUAUUUGUAGUCAGUAGAAUUAACCUGGCUCACAGGUCAUGAUAGCUUUUCUCUUUGAAAGAGCAAAGCUCCAAACUGUCAGUCAGGCUGUUGAAGGGAUUACUUGCUAUUGACAAGCUCACAGCCCAUUGAAGAAAGCCGAAGUGAAGAGAGAUUUCAUUACGGUGACAAGGUCAAAUAUGCUUCCCACCAUUACUGAUUUUUGAUAAUAUAGAAACACUUGUUUUGUGUGUGUUACCUCAGCUUUUAUUCUGAACCUAAUUGGAUGUUAUUUUGACUCCAUCUUUGAGAUUUCUCAAAUGUGUCAUACAAUGGUUUACAAGUUCUCAGCUGACAGCACAUCAGUUGUGCUGCCCUGGAUCUUGUAGUUAAAUCCUUAGCUAUUCACUGUAACGUCGCAAACAUAGUAUAUGCAGUUUCUUGUACAUUAUUUUAUUAUCAAAGCUUCUGGCAACAAUAUAAAAGUGUAAAUAUAAAUGUAAGGGUCAUAGUGCAUGUCUAAGGUUAACAUCUUUGCUUAGGAUCUUGAACAAAUGUAAACAAAGGAUAGAUUUGCCAAAGCCAAUAACGGUUAAUGAAUGUCUUAUUGUUCCUAUGCUUAGAAAAGUGUGUGUGUGUGUAUAUGUGUGUGGUUCAGGCUUACUUGUCCCACACGCGGUCAGUCCCCGACAGAUGGAAGGUUCUGUGUCCAAGACGCGCCCAAGGAGAGGAGGAGGGGUUUGGGGCUGCUACGGAUUAGAUUGGUCUAAUAAAAGAGUUGGAUCAUUGAAAGGCAGAUUAGGGGCCUGUGGUGGAGACUGUUUUUCGAACAAACAUGCUUGGGAUUUGAAAUGGAUCGACAAUAUGUGUAGCAUUACGCAAACAUGAGGCAACACAGCCAGUGAAAUGCUACGCAAACAACUUAUGUGACUGGAAAAGAGCUAGAGAGAUGUUUUCAGUCACAGUAAAUUGGUCUUCAAUGGCUACAUGUCAGGCAUCUUUGAAUAAGCAUCUGUUUGUUACCUCCAACUACACUCACACCCCCAUACACACAUUGCUGUAAUAAAGAUGACCAGCCAAGCUCGGAAUCAGAGAAGUCAUGUAACUGUAUCCUGAGUGUGCACUGGAAAGCCGAUCCCCCUCUCAGGCCACUACCACUGGUGCUGGGGGAGGGCUCUGGUUACCCAGCUUUGUGUCAAAGCGCCAUCAGCAAAGAGGUAGAGACUGGGGAGGAGGACAAAGGCAGGAGCACUAUAGAACGGGUGGAUUACUGGGCCUCCAUAAAGGGUCUCUAGUGUAAGAAUACGUCCAAUAUACCGAGAGGGGAGAAAGGACGUAUAAAAAGAAACAUAAGAGGACAACAGGUGAAAGGGAGGUAGAAAAGGUGUCGAAGUACACCUAAAAAGCCUCACUGUACUUCAGGUGCCGUUUGUUGACAAGCUGGUCUGGCAUCUUAGUGGGCACCUUGCACACUAACAUGCUGCUAUUUCUCGAGGUCUCGGAGGAGAAUGAUGUGUCUUUUUAAGGGAUGCACAAGUUCUAAGGAUGUGACUGAAGUAAAAAUACUUAGAAAAGGACAAGGAGACAAACUAAUCAGAUGUCAGACUGAAGGACUGAGACGACUAAGGCAUCUAGAAGAAGUAAAACCGUGUGACUUGGUCUUGAGCAGCAUCUCUUUAAGAGAUCAGUAGUCCCACAAUCUCAAAGGCAGCCAAUGAAGAGGACAAGAGACGGAGGUGAAUUGAGAAGGAAAGGGAAUGAGAGAGAAAGCGUGUGAAAGAGGCACAGAGGAAAAGGAACCGUUGGGAUCAGGGUGACGUCAGCAGCUCUCUGGAUUGAGGUGUUGAGUCCUCCUGAUUAUAAUCUGAUCUGAUUAGGAAACACAGGAAAAAAAAUCUCCAGAGCCUCUGCAAGUUCUCCGGGGAGCAAGACGUUGUUUUUACCAAGCGGAGCGGAGGCCAGGACCAGGGACAAAACUAGAAGAGGAACUAAGGCCUAAUAAAGAAAGUUAAGGCCUAUAUCUGAAGAGAAUAGGCUACACUAAGGAGUCUAUAGUGAAGUGGACUUCACUUUACUCUUCCCCAAUAGGAAGCAAAUUAAUCAGAACACAUAGGAGAGCUAACUUUGUAAGUCUGCAGGCUGAUCAGCUUCUUCUCUGGACUUUCAACACUCUCUGGGUUGUAAGCCAGGAUGCCCUCCAAUGGCAGUAAAGCCCUCAAGCUACAAUUCGGGCUUAUUAAUCAUGAGAAUCGCUAUCUAACAGCGGAGGCCUUCGGCUUCAAGGUGAACGCUUCAGCUCCAAGUCUCAAGAAGAAGCAGAUCUGGACUCUAGAGCAGGAUGAGCAGGAUGGUCAGGUGGUUUACCUGCGCAGUCACCUGGGUCGCUACCUGGCUUCCGACAAAGAUGGCAAGGUGAGCUGUGAGGCUGAGAGCAAAGAGAGUGACUGCCGCUUUCUGAUUGUGGCACAGUCAGAUGGCCGUUGGGCCCUGCAGUCCGAGCCAUAUCUGCGUUUCUUUGGAGGUUCAGAGGACUACCUGUCCUGCUUUGCUCAGACCAUUGGUGAGGCAGAACUAUGGGCCAUGCACCUGGCCCUGCACCCACAGGCAAAUCUGCUCAGUGUGGCCCGCAAACGCUAUGCCCACCUUGCAUCUCCAGAGGGAGAGAUUGCUGUGGACAGUAACAUCCCCUGGGGUGUGGAUGCUCUUCUAACUCUUGUGUACAUGGACGGCAAAUACUGUCUAAAGACCAGUGACAGCCGCUUCCUGGGCAAUGACGGGAAACUGUCCUCUGAAAAUGGCCGUGGGACAGGCUACACCUUGGAACUGAAAUCAGGCAAAUUGGCCUUCAAGGACUGUGAGGGGAAAUACUUGACCCCCAUGGGGCCCACUGGAACUCUGCGCUCUGGACGCUGCUCCAAACCUGGCAAAGACGAGCUGUUUGAUCUUGAAGAAAGCCAUCCGCAAGUGGUGUUUCAGGCCGCCAACAAUAGAUUUGUCUCCAUCCGACAAGGAGUGAGUGUCUCAGCCAAUCAGGACGAUGAGACAGACAUGGAGACGUUUCAAAUGGAAAUUGAUAAAGACACAAAAAAGUGCAAAUUCAGAACUAAUGAAGGGAAUUACUGGACGCUUGUCGCUCAUGGAGGCAUCCAGUCAACGGCUACUGAAGCCGGUGCCAACACCAUGUUUGACAUAGUGUGGCUCGGUCGACGGGUGGCACUGCGAGCCAGCAAUGGAAAAUACGUGUGCACUAAGAAAAAUGGCCAGCUUUCUGCAGUCAGUGACUCUGUGGGUGAGGAUGAGCAGUUGAUUCUGAAGCUGAUCAAUAGGCCCAUUCUGAUCCUGAGGGGAGAGAAUGGUUAUGUAUGCCACCACAAGAACUCUAAUACACUGGACGCCAAUCGUUCAGUGUAUGACAUAUUUACACUGCAGUUCAAUGAUGGAGCAUACCAGAUUAAAGGUGCUGGUGGAAAAUUCUGGUAUGUGUCCAACAGUGGUUUGGUGUGCUCUGAUGGAGACACACCUGAAGAUUUCUGCUUUGAGUUCUUAGAGCAUGGACGGAUAGCUAUGAGGGGCAAAAAUGGCAAAUACCUGCGUGGAGACCAAGGAGGCAACCUGAAAGGAGAUGGAGAGAAUGCAGACAGCUCUUCCCUCUGGGAAUACUGACACCAUGUGGACAUUUAAGGAACUGUCACUCACCUGUGUUAAACUCUUGGAUUUACAUAUGUGAGAAAAUAAAUUGCUACAGUUGGGGUUUAAUGUUCGGACAUCUGUUUCCCAUCAAUCAGCAUUUGUUGUAGAGUCAGUAUUCAGCAUUAUGCAUGUAUUCUUUACCUUUUCUGGUUUAUAGUCCUAUACAAAAUGAGCAUGUAGAGACAGAAAACAAACAUGACAAGAACCUUUAUCAUAUCAGCUCACUGUUAAGAAAACUGUGUGAGGUAUUAAUCAUGCAUAAGUCUUGCAUAGCAUGCUAUUAUUGUGGCAAAUCAAUGUUCAAUUGCAAACUGACACAUGGAAAUACAUAAUUGUUGUUUUUCUUUAUUAUUAUUUUUAAACCCUUUAUUUUCUUGUCUUUCGUGCUGUUAUUUAUUACCAUGUCAAUGCCUGUCGGUUCCAGUGAAGCUAAUUUUAUUCUCUGGGGUUACAGACUGCCGUGUUUGUAUUAUAUGGACAUACAAGGCAUAGAGAUAUAUUUAGGCUGGGCAAAUGAACUCUUCUUCUUGUUUCUUUAAGCUUACUGUUGACAAGGAAGCCAAUCAGCCAUGGAUAGAAGAGGAUACACAGUAAUUACUUCAUCUCACCAAAAUGACAUGUACCAGGAUUAAAUUCAUUUUAUUCCCUAUUGUGAUUUAUUUGCUUUUUUGUGCUUAAGACCAUCUGCAAAGGUUUUACAAUUAUUACAAUAAAAUCCUGUCUCUUAA